AUGUUCCGGCAAUUCGCGAAGUUGCCCAACGAUGUAAAGCAACUUUUCUGGCACUUCCUUGCGCAACACCCUCAGAUCAUCCGACCGGAAUGCUUGCCGCCAUUCACCAAGCUGGCUCUAGACCGGUACGACGGGGAAGACGACAGGCAGAUCCUACCUUUCGUCCCGGCGGUCCUCCGGUCACGACGAGUCGGGCUGGGGUACUACUACAAGCAGUAUUUCCCGAACAGCAGCCACCCCGCCCCGUAUCUGAACCCUAUGGCCGACACUCUCCGCUUCGAGGACCGGAUCGCCAUGCGAAACUCUUAUCUGCGGAUAGAUAUGAGCGCCAUCGACAUCCAGACGAUUGAGCGGCGUUACCCCACCUUCUCGAACGAUGGGCAGGUGAAGAUCAACUUGCCCAGAGAGCUCGUCGAGUUUCCGAAGCUGCAGCACGUCUACUUCCUGGUAGACGACCGAACCAAGGAAACGACUUCCAAACGCCAGCUGACGGAUCAGGUGAAGGAGGCCUGGGAGCCGCAUCUCAAGAUCUUUGUGCGAUGGUCACGUGUACAGCAACCUCCACAGGAACCUACGUUUCACUUCUUCACUCUGGAAGACGGGAAACGCAAAGAGAUUUAG